AUGGGAAUAGUUUUCACACGUCAUGGUAGUAAUUUUGAUAUAGUUAUAUCAUGUGAUAAGUCAAUUCCUCAUCUUCUUACUGAUAAAAAUAUUUUUUUUGCACUUAAACAAAUGUAUUCUUGUUUACGACCAGGUGAUGGUUGUUUGAUUAUAAUUCGAGAUUAUGAUCGAGAACAACGUGGUGCAGCUACUGCUGUGGUAAGCAAUACUAGUGUCGGAAAUGCUGCUACUAUAUUAAAAGGUGUGUGGGUCAAUGAAUUGGGUUCGACAUUAAAUAUUACUAGUGUUUUUAAAUCAACAUUGCAAAUUAAAGGAAAUUAUCGAUCACCAUCAGGUACAGCAGGUGAUCAAUAUGCAUUGAAUGGUUUUGUUAACUUAUCUCCAAUGGUAACCGGCAAACAUAAUGUAAUUGUUGUGAGUUUUACUGUUCAUUGGAGUAAUAUUGGUUCUGUGACAACAUGGAAUGGGUUCUAUUCUGAAGGCGAUUAUGAUGAUAAAGACGGUGCUCCUGGAAGAAUUAUUUGUCAAUGGUUGCUAGUUCGUCCUGUUACAAAUUAUAAAUGGGAUCACAUUUUAACAGGACAAGACAGAUUCACAAAGAAAACAUAA